UACCAUCGCAUGGAUCAGUUCAUGGUCAGAUGGACAUUUUGCAGAAAUUAAUUAAUGCAGUUCUUCACACAGUGAGUAUGGAAUGUCGCUGCAGUGUUUAGGAAUUCAGGAAUUAGAGGAAAUUAAUCUUUGGUACUAGAAACCUUUUCACUUUAAAUCAAAAGAACAGCUCUUGAACCAAGAAGUGGAAGAACAUCUUUCCUCCUCACCUGACAGUAAGAGUCAUGACCUGAUUUUCCUUGGCUGCAAAUGGAUGCAAAGAAUGAUUGACUCUUGUAUGCAUUAUCUUUGGAUGGACACUUUCUUUUUCCCUUUUAGUAAUUACAGAGGAUGUGUGUUUUGUACUUAUAGGAGGAUUAAUAAAUAUUAGAUUUCAGCAGACCAUCAAACUGGAACCUAAAGCUAAGUUAAGUCAACAGCUGCAUGAGUCAAAUUACAAAGCCGUUGGACCCAGUGUAGCACAGAGGAGACAUUCUUUUUCUGCCAGAAUAAAACUUGGCCUGGCAUACAUUUGCCUGUCCAACUAAAUAUUGAUAUUUAUGACCAUCUCAUAAACAACUGGGUCUUGUACAGUUGGACUUGAAGAUUUUCUACACAACCUUUGUCAACACAGAGAGACCAUGAACGUGAAGUGCACCCAAUCCUAAAUGAGCAAAGGCUGUCAUGGAGAAAGUGGACAUCACAGAUGAUAAUAGACAAGAAACGUCCAUGCAACAGGCGAUAUUCUCCCACACAGACUCCGCUCUGCUCCCCACCUUCCCACUUCCCCCGGAUCCGACAAAUCCGCUGUCUCACCUGGGGACGCUGAUGCCAGGACACGACGCACCGCGGACCGGCGGAUGGGACAGGAGAAUUGACCCAGGCUUUCAAGGCUGUCAUCUUCUGGGUGGAGCGAGAGAGGCAAAACGGGAAGCUCAUGCAGACCAGAGCGUCACCAUCCUGCACGCCAAGGUUGCUCAGAAGUCUUAUGGCAACGAGAAAAGGUUUUUCUGCCCUCCACCUUGUGUUUAUAUCAGCGGUCAUGGAUGGAGAGUCAUGCAGGAUCAUUUGAAAGCGGGAGGUUAUGGGGACUCAGUCUAUCGGAUAUGUGGUUACAUGUGUCUGGACAGCUCCAGUCAGUCACAAGCAGAUGCAUUCAAACUGCUUUUUGAUGAGCAACCAAACUCAAGGCAGUUGUUUGCUUGUGCAAAGUCCCUCUUCAUCUCCGACCAAGACAAGAGGAAGCAUUUUUGCCUGCUGCUGCGACUUUUUUUAGGCAACAGACAGGAAGUGGGUUCCUUCCAAAGCAGGAUGAUCAAAGUGAUCUCCAAACCUUCCCAGAAGAGACAGUCCAUGAAGAAUGCUGACUUGUGUAUAUCCUCCUGCUCCAAAGUGGCUUUGUUCAACCGUUUACGCUCACAGACGGUCAGCACUCGUUACCUCUCAGUGGACAGAGGAGCUUUCAUAGCCAGUGCCAGACAGUGGACAGCCUUCACCAUCACCAUGGUGGAUGACCAGCGUGCUGACCAGGGUGGGAUUGUGCUGAGUGAAGGCUUCAUCUGUUAUGGUUCUGUGGUCCAGUUCAUUUGCACUGAGUCAGGAGUUGCCCUGCCACCCAUGGUUAUCCGGAAGGUCAACAAGCAGCACGCCAUCUUAGACGUGGACGAACCCGUUUCUCAGCUACACAAGUGUGCCUUUCAUUUCAGAGACAAUCCCAACGCUUAUCUGUGCCUAUUGAAUGAUACCAUCAUACAGUACCAGGCUCCGUCCAGCAUCAGGGACUCCAGCAGGGUGGUGCUAAACGAUGGAUCCUGCUGGACCAUCAUUGGUGUGGAAGUGGUUGAAUUCACCUUUAAUCAGGGUUUGACCUGCAUUCAGACUCCAGUCAGUCCUUUUCCUGUUAUUAAUGGGUUAGAGGUGAACGGUGGAGGACAUGUUGCCAUGCUGGAGAUCCAUGGAGAAAACUUCAGCCCUCACCUCAAGAUGUUGUUUGGGAACAGAGAAGCUGAGACGAUGUUCAAGUCUCCCAAAUCUCUGCUCUGCGUUAUUCCUGAUGUUUCAGUUUAUAGUGACAGCUGGCGCUGCUUUCGUCGCAUUAUCACUCUUCCUUUGUCGCUCAUCAGAACUGACGGCCUCAUUUACCGUACAUCCUAUAGCUUCACCUACACCCCGGAGCUCCACCUGUCUGCAUCCUCCCGAGGGGCAACCGGAGGCAGAGAGGGAGGGGCAGAUGGAGGCCAGGAGGAUGGAGAGGACAUCCUGUUAGAGACAAUUCAUCAAGAAUUCACCAGAACUAAUUUUCACCUCUUCAUGCAGAGUUAACCGUCUUGUUUACAGUCCUCAGCUGAAUUUAAUAUUAUGAAACAAAGAAAUAAGGUCUGCAGUCUGGUCCAAUUACAUAAAAUCACUCAUUGUAGUCUUUUGUAGACUUCUUUGUUCUUGCAGGAAUACAUUUCACACAGGGGUCUCCAAUGAAGGGUUUAAAGAAAUAGUAAUUAUUUGUUAAGAUGGCUCUUUCAGAGGGUUUGUUCAUGAUGCAAUUUUCAAAUCCAAAGGAAAUAUUUGGAUUCAACCUUUGCCAUGCAGCAGGAAGUUCGUCUGUAUUGAAGAUAGAGAGAAAACACUGAUUUUCUGUGGCUAUCAGAAAGACACAUCUCGGUAUGUCUAAUAUAAUAUUAUAAUGUUUAUUGAAGAAGGAAGUAUGUCUUGCAACAAAAGACCUACUGACCGCUCUGUGAGAGGAUGUUUUUUCUGAAGGGACAGACUGAGGCAGCCUGCGGAGAGAAUAAACUGCUUCCUAUUUGAUCCAUUUAGAAACAGCUUCCAACUUCAGUUUCUGUGUAAUGAAGGAAGCAAGAGUGUAAUCUGAGGGUGUACCUUUUUAUGUUUGCAUGCUAGUUUGUGACCCAGCUGUCAUAAUUUAAAGUCAUGUAAGACAAACAUGGUUCAGUUUUAAGCAACCAGGUUAUCAAUAAUCACCAUCAUAUACUGAGAAAGGGAGUUAGGAAACUAAACAAAAAUCUGAUCAAAUCUCACAAAUAAUAUGUGUAUAUAAUUUAUAUGGUAAAUAUUUACAUGGGUUGGGCAAAGUAUGGGGUCUUUCUCGAGACCUCUGCCUCCAGAGGCCAUAGGAUGAGAGGCACGGUGUACAAAGUUGACAGGUUGCCAAUCUGUCACAGGGACAGUGACGCACAUUAAAGAAACAUUUUAAUACAGAAGUGCACCAAAUAAACCUACUUAAAGGUUUUUAACCUUUAAGUAGGUUUUCACAAGGUACUUUUUAUCGGACAGGACAACCUUAUGAGAACAUAUUCUAAUUUAUUGAAAAUGACUGCAUUCUGAGGAAACCAGAGUACCCAGAGAGCAACUUUACACAGAACUGUCAGGAAUUCAACACAGGGCCUUGUUGGUUCGAGGCAACAGUAUUUACAACCAAAGAUCAGCUGAAAAUUAACUGAUCAAACUGCCUCUAACAAAAGGCAGAUGCAACAUAUUGCAAUCGUUUGUUUUUUAGCUACAGUGGCAUUUUGGUUCUUAGUGGAAUUGGGUAAGGAGAAUAGUUACACUUGGUGAGAACAUUCAGACUCCACACAAAACGGCCCCUGAGAGAUCUGAACUAGAGACCUUCUAGGUGUUGGCCAAGAGUGCUGACUGUGCUGCAACAGCGUUGACAGCCCGACUGACCCAAGUGUUACUUUGAGAGAUUUGUGCCUCUGCAGAGGUUCUGUUAUGAAAAACAACAGUGCCAUGUCACCAAUGCUGCUAAUGUUAUUACUGCCUCCUUCAUUUAUCCGGCACAUAUCUGAUUAGACACAUAUAUUUUGGCUCUGGACUGUUGGCUGAGUUCAUAGUGACUCAUUAUUUAGUUGUGAUCUGCUUAAAUCAGUUUUGUGCUUAUGAAAAUUAUAGCUGUUGUAUUUUUAGGCUUCGAUCUGACUAAACAGCGCAAUAAUUGGUGGAAUAAGGUUUUGUUAUCAACAUAUCUACAGUAUGUCACAACUUUGCAUAUUUAUGUAACUAUUUGUAUUAUACAUGCAUCUAAUAUUAUGCAUUUAAGCUUUGGUCUCUAAUAAUCAGCUUCAUCUUUAGCAGCACUUUAUUCUCUUUGUGCUACCCAUUUUACAGGAACCUAAUAUUUGUGCCGGCAUCAACGUUGACCAGCCCAGAACUAAAACAUGAGACAACACACUUGAAUAAUUACUUUAGAUCACCAAUGAUUGUUCAAAAGCUGUAUUUGCAAACUUUGUGAACAGAAAAGUCAAGCUGCUCAGGUAUCCAUGUUUUCAUGAGUUUAAGGAUUAUUUCUGUGGCUUUGCGUCUGGAAUUGCCUCAGAUCUUCUGCUGUGCUGCACAUUAAACAGAAAUGUUGGAAGCAGAAUAAAGCGAAGACAGAUAUCUUUUGGAUCACAUCCCGUUUGUUUCCACCGUUCCACAAUAUUAGCCCUCGGCAAUGUUAGGUUCUCAGUCCUUUUUGUUAAUCCAGUUAAUCAAAGUGUCAGUUUGCAGCAAAACUUACUUUGCUCAGGCUUUCUAAUUCCUUAGAAAGGUAUUUUGAUCAAGUCUGUGGUCAAGCGAGCAACUAAAAAGCCCUUUUGUUCCUUCCAGAAAAAGCAUAAGAAGACCUCCCACUCAGCUCUCCACUUAAUCCUUUUUUGCAUAUCCUGGAUGCUAAUUGUUUUUACUGUAACACGGUGUCUCAACAGUUGAUAUGUUGUCCAGCAAUGUUCUUUCAUCACGCAGAUCAGUUGUUGCCAGACUGAUUCCAAUCACAAAAUGCAAACCGUUUGAUUUAUUUUUAAUAAAGCCUGACUUUUGUUUUCUGCCAACAUAAAUAUCUAGUUUUACUUUCAGACUUUGAGUUUACUGAGUUUAGGUUUUUGUUUGUUUGUUUCUUAUGAAGUGUAGUUUUGUGAACAACCAGUCUCUUACCAGCAACAAAACAUUUGGUUAAUCAGGGAGAGGUUUUAUGAAGGAAGUUAAAAUAAGAACAGAA